UUAACUCGUCUCCGUGCCUGACAGGCUUGGCUGGUGUUUGAGGGUGAGGGAGCGGCAGGGAGGUGCAGGCCAGGCAAGCCUGGGAGGGAGAGGGUGGAGUGGGAGCUUCCGGUGAAUCGUGCCAUUCUCGGGAGAGGAAAAUGUCCAGAAAGGAGCCGCUGCUCGGCGCCUUGAAGGCAUGCAUUCUGAGCCUCCAAGCAGACAAGGAUCCUAUCACAGAUCGUAACCUUCAUCUCACCUCCUUGUGUGAUAUUCUGGAGAUUAUCCUACGGAAGGGAAUCAGGCAACCAGUCCUAGGCCUGAGAAAGAGAGACUACUGGCACUGGUUGGAGCAACUUCCUCAGCUGGAUCCCUGCAGCGGGUUGAUUCAGGUGUCAAUGGCCUUGGAGAAAACUAUUGCCUGCAAAAAGCUGCUGACAGCACAAGGCCGGGGACGGCAUUAUAUCCGACAGGCUCUGAACCAGAAGAUCCUGGCAAUUACAGUACAGCAUCUUCGCCACAUGCCAAGAUUCAUAGAGUGGUAUGACCCUGAGAGCUCUAUCCUUGCCAAAGAGUGCUUUGCAGAACCAUUCCUUUCACUGCUGCUGGUCUUAUCACAGAUGAAUUUCACUCUUGACUUGCAGAACAGUAGUUUCUUGGAUGAGAGCUGGCUGCUUCCGGUCUGUGAGACAUAUGACACAGUCCCCUGCCGGGAGCUGGGAAUGGUGCUCAGAUACACUGACAGGCGUAUUUUUGUAACAGAGGUGAUUGCAGGAAGUCAAGCUGAAGCAGAUGAAUGUGUCCAUGCUGGGGACAUUAUUGAUGGAAUCAAUGGGAUUUCAUUGCGAAAUGCCCAAAGAGGAGAGGCACAAACAGUUUUGCAGAAACUUCGAGGAAAACCUUUAAGUUUUCAGAUGAUUCGCUGGAAGUGGCACGAUGGUACAGUGUAUGGACCCAUGCUGCCUCAUCUGCAACUGAUGCAAAAAGAGAUCCCUAACUUUCAGCUCCGAUACGAUAACAAAUCAAAUGAAGAGAUGAAAGAAGAUGGUUUGCGGGAAGACAGGCUGCUGUAUUCACUCCGAUUCUUGGGCAAGGUGAACAUUGGAAUGUAUGGUGGAAAGGAGGUGUUGGAUGUGGGCAUUGAGAAAGUCCUGCAGCAAAAUCUUCCCCCACAGGAGGUGUUGUUCGAUGUGAAAGAAACCGAAGUUGUCUGCUUAAAGAACAACUCAACACAGGUCCUCUUUCAUCAUCACUUCCCUGAGAUCUCUUCAGUGGGACACCGAUUAAACAGGCGGACCCUCUUUGCUUAUUGUGUGGCGAACUCCCCAGAAACACCUCAGACAACAUCUUUCGAUUGCUUGGUGUAUGAGUCUAACAUUGUUGAGGAGGCCAAUGAAAUUAUCCUGAGGAUAGCUGCAGGAUUCCGACACACUGAGUGGUUUGUGUGACACACUAAUGGAAGUGGCCAGCUGGGUUUGUCACCUUGUUGUAUGGUUACUUCAUCUGAUUUGAUUUAUGCUGCAAAGACUGCCUGGACAUGCUGUGGUAAGAGAGGGACUCCUCGAAAUCAACAUCGAACAUCACCAACAAAAAAGGCUGCAUCUGACUCGGAAGAACCAUUGCCAUACACCAAGUGUGAAUAUGAGAGAGAGAAGGGCAGGACUCAUUAGUGUCUCAACAUAUUUCAUACAUACAAUGGGGCCGUCACUGCUGAUGUGACAGGAUCCUCUGAGUAAGGCGAAAUAACUGCAGGUUUUAAAUACAAAGCAGAAGGUUAUCGAAACUGUUUCUUGUAGCCAGUGGAGUAUGUGCAUUGAAAUUACUAGAACAUCAUUCUCUUGCUCUACCUCAGGACAGUGGCUAGGAAACCAAUUUGCAGUAUUCCCACGUCCACUCUUACGGUAAAGAUUACUUACUCUAUUAGAACUUCACAUGAUGUCCUUAACCUGUCUCCUCAGCUUGCAGUCCAUUGACCAAGUAAGACUGUUUCAAUAGCUGUCAAUAUUGUCUCUGAUUGUAACAUAAUAUAGUCUACCGUUUGACGCCCUUGUGGCAAAGUCUGUGGUGUUUGGUUUUUAGUCACAUCUCAGUUGGCCACAGUAUGAAAACUUCACAUACCUACUGUAAAAUGUUUCAUUUUCAGGUAGGGUGUGGGGCCUAGUUCUGAUGUUUGGUGUGGGAGUUAGUUGUAAUGUUUCAUUGGUUUGGGUGGACUUUUUUGAGGGUAAUUAUAAUGUUUCACUGUUUGAGUGGGUGGGAGUGUUAUAGAAAAACAAUGCUCAGGGGCACCCUGGGAGCUGUGAGAAAAGCAGUAUUUCACACCCCUGUACUGAAACCUGAGUGGGCUCCUCUCCAAAGUGAAGAGGAUGUGGUGAUAAUGCGAAAAGGGAGCCUGCAUCCCUUGCACUUUUCUUCAGUGCAGAGGGGCCAAGUGGCAACAGCUGAACCCAUGGCAAAAAAUUACAUAGAAAGUAAUCAAGGUCUUGGGGUGCAGCGGUAGCACCCUACCCCUGGACUAUGAGGUCUGAGUUCUAGUCCCGUCUCCUCCAGAGGUGUGUUACAACAUCUCUGAACAGGCUGAUUAGGAAAAUAGGUUAAUUUUUUUAAAAAGGUAAUCGGGGGCCCUCUUGUGUACUGAGGUAGAGUUCCUGCCCCUGGACUUAGAAGCCCAGGUUCAAGUCCUGCCUGCUCCAGGGUGUGUAAUAACAUCUCUGUACAGGUUGAUUAGAAAAAAUAGGUUAAACAAGAUAAAUAAUCAAUUUGAGCUCAGACUGAGGGCACAGUGAAUAAAGGAAUUGCUGGUUUCUCGGACUCAGCCACUCAUUUGUAAUGAGUUAUAUGAUCUCUAUAUGUUUUUCCUUAAUCUCACAUUAGAUGCAGGUGUCACUGGCAAGAUCAACACUUGUUAUCCAUUCCUAAAUGCCCUUGAACUGUUUGGGGAUCCAGACCAUAUCAGAGGGCAUUGUUGUGGGUCUGGGGUCACAUGCAAGCCACACCAGGUCAGGAUGGUAGAUUUCCUUAAAAAACAUUAGUGAACCAGAUGGAUUUUUUACAACAGUGGCUAAGUGGUCACUGUGUGAGAAACUAUUUUUUUGAAUUCCAGAUUUUCACUAAGGUAUAGCAUUUGUCUUUCUUAAAACCAGUACAAAAAAUAACUAAUGGGAUAUUGGUCAUUAUCUUAAAGGGGUCAGAAUAUGAAGGAAUGGAGGUUAUGCGUCAUCUGUACAGAGCUCUGGUAGAUGCCACUACAGACAGUUGUGGACACUAUAGUUCAGAAAAGAUAUACUAACCUUCGAGAGGUUACAGUGCAGAUUCAGCAGAAGGACAUGGGACAUUAGAGUUAAUUUACCAGGACAGUUUGCUUGAGUACAGGAGAUCCCAGGGUGAUUUAAUUUAAUAAAUGUUCAGCAUGAUUAAAGAAUUUUAUGAAGUAGAUAGAAACUACUCCCUGUGGUGAAGGAAUUCAAAAUAAGGGGACAUGAUCUAAAAUUAGAGCCAGGUCGUUCAGAGCUGAUAUCAGGAAGCAAAUGGAAAUCUGGAACUCUCCUCCAUAAAAGCUACUGAGGCUGAGGAUUGAUUUAAAUUGUCAGAACUGAGAUUGAUAGAUUUUGUUGGGCAAGGGGCUUUGACACCAAAGGCAAAUAACUGGAGUUUGGAUGCAUUUGAGGUUCCUGUCUUGUGAAAACAAGCAAUUGCUAUUUCAAAAGACUGUGUUUGUGACCAAUGUCACCACUAGAUGGAACACUACAAGCACAACGUCACCUUCCAGUAUUUCUGUGGCUGGUAUAAUAGGCUCCUGCUGGCAGGGCCUCAUUUGGAAUAUUCCCAGCGAUCUCACUUGCCUUAAUGGAGUGUCUAAAUUGAAAAUUUGACACACUGGGAAUAUUACAAAAAAUACUUGAUUUUUAUUAUAAAACAGUUUGAGUAAGACAUAACAAAUGUCAAAUGUAACCAAAUCCUAUGGCAUCAGUAUGUUACAAUAACAGUCUGAAGUGUCAGCUGUAAAAAGUACUGUACAAUAUCACAAAAGGCCACCAGUGAUUGUUGUAUUUUGUAUGUCAGUAUUUGUCUGAAAGAAGCAGGAUUCGAUCCAUCACCGAGGUUGUUUGUGCAUGCUCAUGAAGUGGCAGUCCAUGUUUGGAAAACACAGUCCAAUUUGAAGCAACACAAACACAUUCUCCCCGUUGUCUUUGUGGGUUUCGUCUGGGUGCUGUGGUUUCCUCUCACAGUCUAAAGAUGUGCAGGAAAGGUAAAUCAGCCAUGGGAAAUGCAGGGUUACAGGGAUAGGUUACGGGGUGGGUCUGUGUGGGAUGCCCUUUGGAGGGCUGGUGGGCUGAAUGGCAUGCUUCCUCACUGUAGGGUUUCUGUAAUUUUAUUCUGUGAUUCUAAGACUACAGGACAGAUUUGUUGUGAGCUGAUGUGAUGGAAUAGGGACAAAGGGCUGCAUAUUCUAUUCCUGGUUAGGGUUUGUGCAUGAUCGUAACAGGAUCAUGGGGUGGCACAGCAGUUCAGUGGCUAGCACUGCUGCCUCAUGAUGCUAGAUUCCAGCCUUGGGUGACUGUCCAUGUGGAGUUUUCUCAAGGUUCUUCAGUUCCCUCCCAUAGUCCAAAGUGUGCAGGUUAGGUGGAUUGGCUGUACUAAAUUGCCCAUAGUGCCUAAGGUAGGGGGUAGAUCUGGGCAGGAAGCUGUUUGGAGGGUCUGUGUGGACUCAAUGGGUCAAAUGACCUGCUUCCACACUGUAGGUCUAUGGUCUUAUGAUCAGGCUAUUUGGUCAAAUAGUAUGUUCCUGUUUUCUGUGCUUUUCAGUCUGUGUGUUUCUAUUCGUGAGAGUACACGGGUUUGGGUGUCAUUGCAGUCAGCAGCCGUUGUCUGUCAGACUAUCUUCUGCUAAGUUUUUGCACAUUUGGGUAUGAAGGGGAGAAAAUUGACACAAUGAGCCAUGUUACUCACCCAUGAUAACUUGCAAUGCAGUUCUUCUGAAUGUCACUGAACAAAUUUCACUUGUCUCUAAGGGCUGAAGGGGAGGUGAGGCGAAGAUCAUUUUGUGCAAUAAAUAUGUUUAUUUGUGUGCUUCUGUUAGUAAAAGUCUCUGGGUAAGGGAAAGUAAAAGAGAAUUCAAAAAAGAAUGAAGUAAUUAACAGAAGAGAAAAAACUUUGAAAGUUUAGAGGGAAAGGUGGGACUAAAUGAGAUGCUGCUAGGAAGAGUUUGAACACACAAGACAAGCUGAAUGAGGUUCUUUGUUGUAACAAUUCUGUGAUUCUAAGUA